AUUCGCAACUGUGAUUCCUCAAACUAAGGCCUAUACGUCUCUUGAAGAAGUUAGGGCUUAACAGGAGACCACAUAACGCCAAGCUGUGAUAAACACCGUCAAUUUGGCCUGGUAUAGCGUGCGAAUCCGACAAGGACUCUGCUAGAAUCAAGUGCGUACAAACGUCAGCUUUGCCGGCUGACGUCGACGCCUCGUCGGUUGGUAGCCGAGUCCUUCCAACUGCCAAGACCAUUCCGAGCACUACCGGUAUCUCCUCCUCCUGUUCUGCUUUGGAGACUUUCCUACCUCCCAAGUGAACGGCAUCCAAGUAGCUUUUCACCAUGGAUGACUGUACGAGUGAUACAACUAACAACAGCAAUACCAACAAUACCGCCAUCACCAUGACCACCAGCACCACAACAACAGCCACAACCUCGCCCGCAGCAGCUGCGACGCUGGAGGCAAGGCGCCGUUUGUACGGCCCCAACGCAGCUCUGUCGUACGAACAACCGCUCAUGAUCGUACGAGGCCACGGGACGUAUCUGUACGACGAUCAAGGGCUGCCGUACCUGGAUUGCGUCAACAACGUAUCACAUCUGGGUCACGGCAAUACGGAGGUUGCCGCCGCCAUCUCCGCCCAGCUGCACACCCUCAACACCAACUCCCGCUACCUGCACCCGUCACUGCCGCACUACAGCCGACUGCUGCUGGACACACUGAAUGGGGGUGGUGGAGGAGGAGGAGGAGGAGGAGGAGGGGAAGGAGGGGAAGGAGGCUGCGGCAGUAGCAGCAGCAACAGCGGCUGCUGCGAAGGGAGACGCAACGACGGCAUUGUCGGCAAGUGCUGCAGCAGCGGCAGCAACUGCAAGGGUACCAACAGCAGCAGCAACAGCGGCAGCUGCGGUGUUGGCCGCAACAACAGCUCUAACGGGAGCUGCUGCUGCAGCAGCACCAACAGGAUCCAGGAACACCAACAACAACCUCCUUCCCACCCGACUCCCCCAACCCCUCCCCCGCCCCCCCAGUCCCAGUCCCAGUUCCCGCCCCCGCUAGAGGUGCUAUACCUCGUGUGUUCUGGCUCCGAAGCCAACGACCUGGCGCUGCGCAUCAUCACCGCGGCACACAACGCCAGAUACGCAAUCUCACCCUCCUCCUCCUCUUGCUCCUCCUCUUGUUCCGCUUCCUCCGCUUCACUUACAUGCAACUCGUCCGGCUCCUCCUCCUCCUCCUCCUCCUCCUCCUCCUCCUCCUCCUCCUCCUCCUGCAGCCUCUCUCCUCCUCCUCCCCCUCCUCCCCUGCACAUCGCUGUGAUGGGCGGCGCCUACCACGGCCACCUCUCCUCCCUCAUCCCGCUCAGCCCGUACAAGUUCUGGGGCCCCGGGGGCGGCGGCAAGCCCCCGCACGUGCAUGUGGUUCCCUGCCCCGACCCCUACCGUGGUGAGCACCUGGAUGGCGCCGCCUCAGCCCGGGCGGUGCUGGCUGCCGCUGCUGCCGCGGGCGGGCGGCUGGGCGGCUUCCUGUGCGAGUCGGUGCUGUGCUGCGGGGGGCAGGUGGUGCUGCCGGCGGGGUACCUGCAGGACAUGUACGGCGUGUUCCGCUCCGCGGGGGUGGUGGUGGUGGCGGACGAGGUGCAGUGCGGGUUUGGGCGGGCAGGGCAGGGCGCCUUCUGGGGCUUCCAGCAGCAGCGAGUGCGGCCCGACAUCGUGACCAUGGGCAAGCCAAUUGGCAAUGGCUACCCCCUGGCUGCCCUCGCCACCACCCGCCCCCUCGCCGACCUCUUCGGCUCCACCGGCAUGGAGUACUUCAACACGUACGGCGGCAGUACGGCAGCGGUGGCGGCGGGGCUUGCCGUACUGCGGAUCCUGCUGCGGGACGGCCUGCAGCAGCAUGCGGAGAGGGUGGGCGCCUAUCUGCUGUCGGGGCUGCGGUCCCUGCAAUCGAGUUGUCGCGGCGGGGAUGUGUUGGGGGACGUGCGGGGCCUGGGGCUGCUGGUGGGGGUGGAGGUGGUGCGGGAGGGGGGCGGCAAGCGACAUGCGCCGGUCACUGCGAGGUGGAUCAAGGAGCGCAUGAAGGCCCGCCGGGUGCUGCUGGCCACGGACGGGCCGUACGACAACGUGAUUAAGAUCAAACCCCCGCUGGUGUUCGGGCUGCGGGAGGCGGAUGUGUUGCUGCAGCAGCUCAGUGAGGUGCUGUCCACGGAGCUAACUCCCCAGGUACGGCAGCAGCUGUCGCACCAGGAGGAGGCGCACUGGGCGGCAGUGGGGGCGCCCCGGCAGGAGCGCUACCGUCGCAACGCGGAGGAGCUGGCGGGGCUGCUGAGGGGGAGGGGAGG